UCGAAUGCGCGCAUGCAUGUCGUACAGUGCAAUACGCUAAGAUCCGGCCUUUUAGGCUAAACCAAAGUAGCGUAAGCUACGCUUAACAACAACAACAAGCGCAGCCAUUUGGCCAAAACAACACCAAGAAGAACAACAUGGCCAGUGCACCGCUGCUGCUCGAGCAAUUCAUCUAUAGGAAGCGCAAUUUUGUUUAUGCCUUUGUGCGCCAUCGUCUCUUUACGUUAUGUAAACAAUCGCUAAUACGCGUGCAGUCUGCGGAGGGCAUCAAACGUAUCGAAAUCUCGCCAAAAUCAAAUCUUAAACAACUUUAUGACAGCGUACAGAACGCACUCAAAGUCGAUGGCUUUGGUCUGUUCAUGGAGCGUAGUUUUGCCACAGAGCUGCAAGCGAAUGGCUCCCAGCUGGUGGGCAGCAUGCUCAAGCAUGGCGACAUGUUAUAUCUAAAACAAAUUGCGGGCACUUCAUCACGUCGCACGAGCACCACAGCCAUUGAGAACUUGUCAUACAAUAGCGCCACCAAAUUGUCCACAGAGAAGCUUGGCAACAACCCACGUCCCUCCAUUAAUGUGAUCGAGGAUGAAGUUGAUCUACAGCUGCUUAAAUCUGAUGGCACCAUCAAGCGUGAACGCGAUAGUAAGCUUUGUCAUCACAAUGCCAAUGGUCGUUGCGUACACUGCUCGCCGCUGGAACCCUAUGACGAGAGCUAUCUUAAGGAUCACAAUAUCAAGCACUUGUCCUUCCACUCAUACAUACGCAAGCAAACUUCAGGCAUGGAUCAUGGCAAGUACUUUGUAUUCGAUGACAUCAAUUGCCGCAUUAAGCCCGGCUGUCGGGAGCAUCCUCCGUGGCCCAAGGGCAUCUGCUCCAAGUGUCAGCCGUCGGCCAUAACGCUUAAUCGUCAGACCUAUCGUCACGUGGACAACGUUAUGUUUGAGAAUACCAAAAUAGUGGAGCGCUUCUUGAACUAUUGGCGCACCACGGGCCAUCAGCGCAUGGGCUUCUUAUAUGGCACCUACGAGCAGCAUGCGGAUGUGCCUCUGGGUAUACGCGCAAAAGUAGCUGCCAUCUAUGAGCCACCGCAGGAAUCAUCACGCGAUUCGAUUAACAUCUGUCCAGAUGAGGGCGCAGAUGAAGUAGAUGCCGUAGCCAAGGCAUUAGGGCUUAAAAAGAUUGGCUGGAUCUUUACGGAUCUGAUUACGGAAGAUGCCAGUGCGGGCACUGUUAAACAAAUACGCGGCAUUGAGACACAUUUUCUCACCGCUCAGGAGUGCAUAUCAGCGGGUGAGCUGCAGAAUCGUCAUCCCAAUCCAUGUAAAUAUGCCACAAAUGGCACUUUCGGCUCCAAAUUUGUGACCAUAUGUGUGACUGGUGAUCAAACAAAACAGGUGCACAUGGAAGGCUAUGCUGUGUCCGCUCAGUGCAUGGCUCUUGUGCGUGAUAAUUGUCUGAUACCCACCAAGGAUGCACCCGAAUUGGGUUAUGUUCGCGAAUCGACUGAUAAACAAUAUGUUCCGGAUGUUUUCUAUAAGGAAAAGGAUCAGUAUGGCAACGAGGUGCAGCGCCUGGCACGCCCACUGCCAGUGGAGUAUCUGCUGGUGGAUGUGCCCGCCUCGACGCCGCUGCAGCCGCAGUACACAUUCACGGAGUACGACAAGCGCCAGCCAUUCCCCAUUGAGAAUCGCUAUAUUGAUGGCCAUCUGCAGGACUUUAAUGCGCUGAGCAGCUAUCUGUCGGCCUGGGCCGAGGAGGACUUUCUCGAGGCUAUCUCGGACUUCCAUUUGCUCAUCUAUUUGUACAAAAUGGACAUGCUGCCGUUGCGUCAGCAUAUGGGGCCGCUUCUGGAGGCGGUGCGCGCCAAAAAUCCGAACAAGGCGGCCGAUUUCAAGGGCGAGGAAGUCUGGAAGCUUCUCGAAUCAUUGGUCCAGGCCAGCUCAACGGGCAGCGGCGGCACCACCAGCUAUCCGAGCGGUGCAGCAACGAGCGCUGGCGGCUCUGGCGCUGAUGCCAUGGAUCUGGAUGCCAAUACCUGGACCUGCAGCCACUGCACCUUCAUCAAUCGCGGCGAGCUAACCUCCUGCGAAAUCUGCUCGCUGCCCCGAUAAGGAUACAAAUAGUUUACAGCGUGCUCCAGCCGUCAGCUUAGCGCGACGAAAUUCUGGUGUUAAAUGAAACUAAAGAUUCAAUCAUACUUACUAUAUAUAGCAAAGGGGCAGGAGGACAGGAUGCAAUUGGCGCAUGCCGCACGCGUU